GUUGAGGUCGUUGAAGGCUCUGGGGUAGUUGAGGUUGAAGGUUCCGGGGUCGUUGAGGUCGUUGAAGGUUCCGGAGUCGUUGAGGUCGUUGAAGGCUCUGGGGUCGUUGAGGUUGAGGGUUCCGGGGUCGUUGAGGUCGUUGAAGGUUCCGGAGUCGUUGAGGUCGUUGAAGGCUCCGGGGUCGUUGAGGUUGAAGGUUCCGGGGUCGUUGAGGUCGUUGAGGGUUCCGGAGUCGUUGAGGUCGUUGAGGGUUCCGGGGUCGUUGAGGUCGUUGAAGGAACCGGAGUCGUUGAGGUCGUUGAGGGUUCCGGGGUCGUUGAGGUCGUUGAGGGUUCCGGGGUCGUUGAGGUCGUUGGAGGAACCGGAGUCGUUGAGGUCGUUGAGGGUUCCGGGGUCGUUGAGGUCGUUGAAGGAACCGGAGUCGUUGAGGUCGUUGAGGGUUCCGGGGUCGUUGAGGUCGUUGAGGGUUCCGGGGUCGUUGAGGUCGUUGAAGGAACCGGAGUCGUUGAGGUCGUUGAGGGUUCCGGGGUCGUUGAGGUCGUUGAAGGAACCGGAGUCGUUGAGGUCGUUGAGGGUUUCGGAGUCGUUGAGGUCGUUGAGGGUUCCGGGGUCGUUGAGGUCGUUGAGGGUUCCGGGGUCGUUGAGGUCGUUGAGGGUUCCGGGGUCGUUGAGGUCGUUGAGGGUUCCGGGGUCGUUGAGGUUGAAGGCUCCGGGGUCGUUGAGGUCGUUGAGGGUUCCGGAGUUGAGGUCGUUGAGGGUUCCGGAGUUGAGGUCGUUGAGGGUUCCGGGGUCGUUGAGGUCGUUGAAGGAACCGGAGUCGUUGAGGUUGUUGUUGGUUCUGGGGUCGUUGAUGUCGUUGAAGGUUUCGGUGUCGUUGAGGUCGUUGAAGACUCAGGACUUGUUGAGGUCGUUGAUGGUUCUGGGGUCGUUGAGAUCAUUGUUGCUGAAGAUACCAAAGUGGUGGUAGAUGCACUUGGAGACAAAGAGGUUGAUACAGUAGCAGGGGUCGUAGGCAUUCCAUCGAGAAGUUCCAAGGGGGCUGUCAUCCUUCAGGUAGCAGAGCAUGUCAACCUCUUGCCAACCUGCAACCUCACAUCCCCUCAUUCUGCACUCAGAGAUGCAUCUAUGUACACAAAAAAGAAAUCUGAUUGA